AAAGUGGGGUUUAGUAGGAGUUUCAGCUAUUGGUAGACUACAGGUGUGACUCUACCAGAGGAAGUUCGAAGGCACUAGCCAGCCAUGCCAUCCUAUGGGAGAGAAAAACAUCUCUGAUCUUAUCAGCAGAGUAGACAUGAUGAUCUCAGAAGAAUCCCAUAAUAAAAGGAAAAAUGGACAAGUGAAAGGUGAUACAGAGAACCUUUAGAAGUUGACUCUGAACUUUCUUAGGUUUUCCAGAGGGAUAACCAAUUGGCUGCUAGGGUAACAAAUGAAAAGUAACCUGAUUCCACUGACCUGCUUAACCCUGCACAGGAAGGAUGGAAAAGAGCAGCCAUUUGUUCUGAAACUGAGCGACAGUCUGGGCAAUACACAAGUCAGAUGGCUGACCAAAGACAGCGGACUUUGUCGACAUCUGGAGAAGCUUUAUAUGAAAUUCUUGGUCUACAGAAGGGGGCAUCACAAGAAGAAAUUAAGAAAACCUACAGAAAAUUGGCUCUGAAACACCAUCCGGAUAAGAACCCUGAUAAUCCAGAGGCUGCUGAAAAGUUUAAAGAGAUCAACAAUGCUCACACUAUAUUGACAGAUUUGACAAAGAGAAAUAUUUAUGAUAAGUAUGGGUCCCUGGGACUCUAUGUGGCAGAACAGUUUGGAGAGGAAAAUGUUAACACUUACUUCAUGCUAUCCAGCUGGUGGGCAAAGACCCUGUUUGUGGUCUUUGGCAUUUUGACGGGCUGCUACUUUUGCUGCUGCCUCUGCUGCUGUUGCAACUGCUGCUGUGGACGCUGUCGGCCCAAGUCCCCAAGGGGAGGAGAAGGAGAUGUCUAUGUGUCCCCGGAGGACCUGGAGGAGCAGAUCAGGAGUGACAUGGAAAAAGAGGCAGACUUCCCCAUCACUCUUCAGCCUACCAGUGCAAAUGAGAAAACCCAACUAAUCAGAGAAUCCCGCAGCUAUACUACAGACUCCUAGAUGACCAGCAAGCUCAAGUUCAUGGAUCCUUCUGGAAAUAGCAGCAAUGCGCCUGGCAAGUGGAGGGAUACC